AUGGCCAUCGCAAAACCCUCAACAACCCUCCCCCACCGCCAACAAUCCCACCACCUCACAGUCCCCACUACCACCUCCUCUUCCUCAGCACCCAGCAUAUCCGCCUCCCCCCUCUUUAGCGCAAGCACACACGACAUAGCCAUGCUGCACGACAUCCACAGUCUCCUCGACAAACUCUUCAUCCGCAACCGGAACCAGCACCGCCGCAGCACGUGGUGGAAAGCUCUCCACGGCUUCCGGAAGCAGAUGGCGCUGCUGCUGGGUGAGCUGGAAGCUAAAGAAUUAAGGGAGUACGAGAGACGGCAGAGGGUGGAGGCGAGACUGAGGUUUUGGGAUGAGAGGGGGGAGGUGCAUGCGUGGUAUUAUCAAUUCAGUCAGCUCGUAGCUGUGGGCCCUUUCUCCAUGCUCGGCCUCGUCAUGAUGGCGUCGGUUGCGCGCGUAUGCCGCAUCACAGGUAUUACAUCCGUGUACGAGCAGAUUGCCUCUGCAGAGGUCAAGGGUGUGCUGGAUGCGAGUGAUGGGCUGGGCUUGGCAGGUCAAUUUGAGGGUGUGCUGGGUGGCGGGGGCGAGUGCGAUGAGGGUGUUGUUAUUGCGAGGGAGGAUGAAGACUAG